CCUUAUAAAUUACCUGAAUUUGCUAGAUUACCAAAAAUGGCGGAAAUAUUGGGUGCUGCAACCACUGCGACAAAAUUAUUUUUAGAGGUAAAUCAAGUAAGUAUAGACAACUGGACGUUUAAACUAUUCUACAAGGCAACUACUACUCUACUACUUGCUCUCUCAGUAGUUUCAACAUCAAAACAGUUCUUUGGAGAUCCUAUAUCAUGUGAUGUGCGCAAAGGUGGGGUGAAUCAGGAUGUUUUGAACAGUUAUUGUUGGAUGUAUUCUAACUUCAAUAUUCCACCAGAUUUUAAGGGUUCGUGUGCUAAACGAGAAUAUGACGGUGCUACAUUGUACAACACCUACUAUCAGUGGGUCUCUCUGUAUCUCGUAUUUGAGGCAAUUCUGUUUUAUCUUCCUCGUUCUAUCUGGUUGAUGUUAGAGGGAGGUCUCAUGAAGUUUCUCGCUAAAGGAGCCAGAGGAAAGAUAAUAGAAGAUGCGUGUGAAAAAAGAGAAAACCUUCUGAGAACUUUCCAGGAACAUUUGCACAAUAAGUAUAAUUCAUACGCUGCUGGCUUUAUUUGUUGCGAGGUGUUCAAUGUUGUGAUAGUUUUGUCGCAGAUUUUUGUCACAAACAGAUUUCUAAAUCAUAAGUUUCUAGACUAUGGACCCCAGGUUUACAGUUAUUAUUCUGUCCCACCAGAAGAACGGCUGAUCCGGAAGAUGAAUCCAAUGUGUGAAACUUUCCCAAGAAUUGCUGCUUGUGAUUAUAUUCGGUUUGGUUCUGGAGGGGGACAAGAGAAUAUAAAUGCAAUCUGUAUUCUUGGUUUAAACAUGAUAAAUGACAAGAUAUUCCUUGUUCUUUGGUACUGGUACUUUUUCCUUCUAUUUCUUGGAUCAACAAGAAUAGUAUACAGGGUGGUGCAACUUUUAUCUUCAAGAAUUAGGUACCAAAUGAUGAAGAUGAAGAUGCACAGAUAUUUUAAAAACAAUGAAAAUAUUCAACAUAUCAAGCACUAUGUAUAUCAUUGCAGUAUUGGAGAUUGGUUUGUGUUGUAUCAGAUGUCCAGAAAUAUGAACAGGCGAUUUUUCGCCGACUUUCUGGUUGUGCUGAGUAAGCGGGUCAAUCCUCAUCCUAACGCGCAUUGUGACGAGCACCCUUUCUUUACAGAAACCGAAAUUAAUCAGAAGACGACGGAUGUUGGGGAGACAUGUGAUAACUCUGUGCACGCUCAUCUGGACAUCACGUAUAUGGGAGAAGAGGACAAGGAGGACAAGGAAAGUGAGAAGACAAAUCCUGGACCCAAGGAUGUUUUGGGAUUUUGAACAUCCCUAUAGCAAAAACUUAGAGUCUCGAGAUUUAGAUAGUAAAGAGGACCUGGAGAUUCUUGAAGUUUGGAUAAAUAAGAGAACCUGGAGAUUCUUAAAGUUUGGAUAUUUAAGAAAACCUGUAGAUUCUUAAAGUUUUGAUAUUCAAGAGAACCUGGAGUUAUUUCAGGUUUGAAUAUUCAAGAGAACCUGGAGAUAUUUGAGGUUUGGAUAUUCAAGAGAACAGGGAGAUUCUUGAGGUUUGGAUAUUAUAGUGAACCUUGAGAUAUUUGUGGUUUUUAUAUUUAAGCAAACCUGGAGAUUCUUAAAGUUUGGAUAUUUAAGAAAACCUGGAGAUUCUUGAAGUUUGGAUAUUUAAGAGAACCUGGAGAUUCUUAAAGUUUGGAUAUUUAAGAAAACCUGGAGAUUUUUAAAGUUUUGAUAUUCAAGAGAACCUGGAGUUAUUUCAGGUUUGAAUAUUCAAGAGAACCUGGAGAUAUUUAAAGUCUGGAAAUUAAAAAGAACAGGAAGAUUCUUGAGGUUUGGAUAUUACAGAGAACCUGGAGAUAUUUUAAGUUUUUUUAUUUAUGCGAACCUGGAGAUUCUUGAGGUCUGAAUAUUCAAGAGAACCUAGAGAUUCUUGAGGUUUGGAUAUUCAAGAGAACCUGGAGAUAUUUUAGGUUUGAAUAUUACAGAUAACCUGGAGAUCCUUGAGGUUUGGCUAUUCAAGAGAACCUGGAGGUAUUUGAGGUUUGGAUAUUAAAGAGAACCCGGAGAUUCUCGAAGUUUUGAUUGUCAAGAGAACCUGGAUAUAUUUGAGGUUUGGAUAUUAAAGAGAACCUUGAAGUUUGAAUAAUCAAGAGAACCUGGAGAUUAUUGAAGUUUGGAUAUUCAAGAGAACCUGGAAAUUUUUGAAGUUUUGAUAUUCAAGAGAACCUGGAGAUUCUUGUAGUUUGGAUAUUCAAGAGAAACUGGAGAUUCUUGAAGUUUGGAUAUUCAAGAAAACCUGGACAUAUUUGAGGUUUGGAGAUUCAAGAGAACCAGGAGAUUCUUGAAGUUUUGAUAUUCAAGAGAACCAGGAGAGUCUUGAAGUUUGGUUAUUUAAGAGAACCUGGAGAUCCUUGAAGUUUGGAUGUUCAAGAUAACCUGGAGAUUCUUGAAGUUUAGAUAUUCAAAAGAACCUGGAGAUUCUUGAAAUUUGAAUAUUCAAGAGAACCUAGAGAUUCUUGAAGUUUGGAUAUUCAAGAGAACCAGGAGAUUCUUGAAGUGUGGAUAUUCAAGAGAACCUGGAGAUCCUUGAAGUUUGGACAUUCCAAAGUACCUGGAGAUUCUUGAAGUUUGGAUAUUUAAGAGAACCUGGAGAUUCUUGAAGUUUGGAAAUUCAAGAGAACCAGGAAAUUCAUGAAAUUUGGAUAUUGAAGAGAACUUGGAGACUUUUGAAGUGUGGAUAUUCAAGAGAACCUGGAGAUCCUUGACGUUUGGAUAUUUAAGAGAAUCUGGAGAUUCUUAAGGUUUGGAAAUUCAAGAGAACCAGGAGAUUCUUGAAGUUUGGAUAUUCAAGAGAACCUGGAGAUUCUUGAAAUUUGAAUAAUCAAGAGAACCUAGAGAUUCUUGAAGUUUGGAUAUUCAAGAAAAACUGGAGAUUCUUGAAAUGGGGAUAUUAAAGAGAACCUGGAGAUUCUUGAAGAAAAAAUUGUCAGGUUUUUCAGACAACAUUUUUUUCUUUAGGAUUUUAAAUUGGUGAUUUAGUGAGUUUUUUGGUGAGUUAGAAAUAACAAAGGUUUUUACCAUCAGGUUGCGAAAGUUUAAAGAUUAGAAAUUUACAGUUUGUAUGCAAAUUCAGUUUAGUUAUUUUAGGUGUUAAUUCCUGAUUACUAUCUAUGUACUAGUUUUUAUUACUCUCACAAUAUUAUUUGGUUCUAAAAUAAAUGAUGUUGUUUUCCUAGGAUGUUAUGAAUAGAUCAUGUCUUUUGUGUUUUU